CAUUUCGAGCGAGGGCCCAAGGUGUGUUUAUUUAGAUUUUGCUCUGAAGCAAUUCACCUCCGAAUAUCCAUACACCUUGGGAUGGCCGUCAAAACCGCUCGCCUGGCCCGGGUUUGACGUUUUUUUGUUUUCGACCCACCGGCAAAAGUAAAUAAUUUUUCUGUGUGGACUGGAUCGGUGCAGAAAUUGGGCUUUUGCUAGCAUUUUCUGAUGCCAAUCUUCGCUUAUUUAGCAGCUAUCGGCAAAUCUCAACUUUUCUGAAGUGGAGCAUCCACCAAAAACAUUACGCCGAAUUUGCGGAAAUAGAAAUUCUGGAGAGCUAACACAUAAAAAGUAAAGUAAUUGUUUGCUACCAUGGAAGUCGCUUCGCAAAACAACGAUCACUUGAGCAAACGCUGGAACCAUUUGCGGAAAAUCCUCGAAAGGUCUGGCCCGUUUUGUCACCCAAACUUUGCUGCCUCGUCCGAAACGCUCGAGUUUUUGCUCAACACUUGCAAAAUUCUCGUCAUUGGUGCUGGAGGUCUGGGAUGCGAACUGUUGAAGGAUCUGGCUCUGAUGGGUGUCCGUGAUAUUCACGUAAUCGAUAUGGAUACGAUCGAGCUUUCCAAUCUGAACCGGCAGUUUCUGUUUCGAAGGACAGACAUCGGCAAAUCGAAGGCACAAUGUGCGGCCGCAUUCAUCAGUGCACGGGUGCCGGGGUGCGUUGUGACGCCUCACUUUUGCAAAAUUCAGGACUUUGAUUCUGCGUUCUAUCGGCAGUUUCACAUAAUUGUUUGCGGGCUGGAUUCGAUCGUAGCUCGCCGGUGGAUCAACGGGAUGUUGAUAUCGAUGUUGGAGUACGAAGAAGACGGCUCGGUCGAUGAAACAUCCAUCAUUCCCCUGAUCGAUGGGGGAACCGAAGGAUUUAAGGGAAACGCACGUGUGAUCCUACCCGGAAUGACGGCGUGCAUCGACUGCACCCUGGAUCUGUUUCCACCGCAAGUAAAUUAUCCACUUUGCACCAUCGCCAACACACCCCGGCUGCCGGAACACUGCAUCGAGUACGUGAAGAUUAUCCAGUGGCCGAAGGAAACUCCCUUCGGGGUAGAUGUUGCCCUCGAUGGUGACGAUCCGCAGCACGUCUCCUGGGUGUACGAGAAAGCGCAGGAACGAGCCAACAGUUUCAACAUAACCGGAUUAUCAUACCGGCUCGUGCAAGGAGUGUUGAAAAACAUUAUCCCGGCCGUGGCCAGCACCAAUGCGGUAAUUGCGGCCGCCUGCGCUACGGAGGUGUUCAAGAUUGCUUCCAGCUGCUGUGAACCGCUGAACAAUUACAUGGUGUUCAAUGACGUGGAUGGCAUCUACACCUAUACGUACGAAGCGGAAAAGCGAUCCGAUUGCUUGGCAUGUAGCCAGGUGCCGAGACCGGUGGAAAUCAAGGAUCCUAAUGGAAUGACGCUGCAGGAUCUGAUUCAGCUGUUGUGCGAAAACCCUGAGUUUCAAAUGAAAAGUCCAGGACUGACCGCCGUGCUGGAAGGGAAAAACAAAACCCUGUACAUGGGUACAGUCAAGAGCAUUGAGGAGGCAACGAAGGGAAACUUAACGUUGUCACUCAGCGAGCUCGGACUGAAGGAUGGUCAAGAGAUAAUGGUAGCCGAUAUCACCACACCGAAUACGAUCCUUAUUAAGCUUAAAUUUCAACCCAACGAGGUAGAAAUGUCAUAAAUAAUGCAGGGAAGCUCUUUAUAAAGGCCAAUAGUAAGCGAUAAAUUUGAUUUUGGAAUAAAAAUAACUUGGUACACGAUUUAA